CGGAGUUAUUUGUAUUGGAAAGUUGCCGAUGCUCACUCCGAAGGACAUGCGGAAUCAUAACUGUAAGCCGAAGGAAGAGGCAAACAACUAUGUUCCGAUAUAAGAAAAAACUGGCAAUCUGAACCAGGGAGAAAAGAAACAUAAGGAAAAGAUGAAGAACAGGGAACAACAAAAGACAGUGAAGACAGCGAUGGUUUUCCUGGGAUUCUGCCUUGUCGCUUACAUUGUAAUCCCACCGCUCUUCUGGCACCUCUCCGAUUUCAUUACCGCCACCUCUUCUUCUUCUUCCUCCUCAUACUGUCCACCUUGCUUCUGCGACUGCUCCACUCAGCCACUGUUCUCUCUUUUUGAUGAUCUGAGCGCCAACACUUCUUUCUCAGAAUGCACGAAGAAGCAGGAUCCGGAGGUGGGCGAGGAGGCGCAGUCCAAUUUCACGGAGCUCCUGGCGGAGGAAGUGAAGCUGAAAGAGGCGGAGGCUGUGAGGAACCAGCAGCGGGCCGACGUGGCUUUGCUGGAGGCCAAGAAGAUGACAUCACAGUAUCAGAAGGAAGCUGACAAGUGCAGCGCGGGGAUGGACACCUGCGAGGUUGCCAGGGAGACAGCCGAAGAAGCACUCGCCUCCCAGAGGCAAAUCAGUGCCCUCUGGGAGCGCAGAGCUCGACAGAGAGGGUGGCGACCGGCUGCCACCACCGUCACUCACCACCUUCACAGCCACUUCACCCACUAA